GAGAGGCGUUGCUUAGUAACCCCGGCGCGUGCUGCCGCCGGCGUGGCCAUCCCGGUGUCGGAGCGGGCGGAGAGGCGGCUGCCGGGCCGGAGACGGGCGGUCGAUGUGAAUGGAGUCUCAGUAUCUGAAGCAAUGCCUGGGAACUUGCUUGAAAAAGGGACUGGCAGAAGUUGUAGAGCAUCGGCCAGCAGAUCCAAUAGAGUAUCUGGCACAUUGGAUUUACAAUUACAGAAGAAUCUUAGAUGAAGAAAAAAAGAGAAUGUUGGAGAGGAUUGAGCUAGAACAAGAACGGGAGGCGGCCCUGGUAGAACUUGAAACGUUAAGAAAAAUGAAGGAAGAAGAGCUAAUGAUCCAGAAGAAACUUGAAGAACAACAUCAGAGUCAGCUGGAACAAGAACAUGAGCAGUUGGAACUGCAGAAUGAAGACGACAAAGUGCUGGAAAAAGAAAAGACAAUAGCUGAACUUACAGAUAGACUGGGAGCGCCUAAUUUGACCAGCGUUGAAGAGGUAGAUGAGAGUGGACAAUCUGAGAAUAUAACAGAUCUCACAGAAGAAACAGAACAAGAAAGUUCCGAACUGAUCUGAAAGCAGUAAAUAUAUUUUCUACUCAUUACUUGCUGAUUCUGAGAUGUAAUAUCUUAAUUUACAUAUUUUAUAUAUAGAACUGACUUAUCCACUGUUUCUGUGCUUUUUGGGUAUUUAUAUAAAGGCUGUUAACUCUG